CGCAUAACCCCGUUCCCCCUAUAAGCUACAAAAAUGCUUACGGAGGCGACUACAGUUUUCCUUCAAAGAUUUUUCUUUUUCAUGUCUCUCAAACAAACCCUAGCAUCAAAAUUUCACUAGUAUAUACUACUCUUCUUCGACUCACAAAUACUCAUCUCUAUUUGGGUUUAAUUCAACCAUUUCCUUAUGCUAUCGGGUUGAAUCCUUGAUUUUAUACCCUUUAACAAAUUCUUUCAAGGUUUAGGAUUUGGGUAGGGUUUUCCAGAUGUCUAUGGUGUUGAUAUCUCAGUAGCAGUGAUGUUAAUCUCGAGUUCUCUGGGUUGCUGUUCGAUUUGCAUGGGCAGAGGAGGAUGCCGGAGUUGCAGAGUGGAGGCCGCCGCCGCCGCCGCGUUUCUCUGGUAGGGGCUAAAGGACCGAAGCCGGAUCCAGAACGAAAACAGUUGCAGAAUCCACAGACACCUAAGAGUCAAGGGAAAGAAGUAGAUUUAGUUGUUAGGAGUACUUAUAUUAAGACGCGAGCAGCCAAGGCUAAAGCCAAAGUCGAGGAGGAAGAGGCAGCCAAAGCAAAAGUUGAGGCCGAGAAGGCAAAGCGGGAAGAAGAGGAGAGAAAGGCUAAAGAGAAGGAAGAAGAAGGGGCAGAGGACGAGAUGGGGGAUGAGAGUGGUGGAUUGAGUGCCAAUAACAAAGGGACUGGCGAGGACGAGGGAAAUACUCCUCCCUUCCCUGAUGAGGUGCAAAUAGGACAGUCACCGGUCUAUAAAGUUGAAAAGAAGCUGGGCAAAGGUGGUUUUGGUCAAGUCUUUUUGGGUCGCCGUGUUACUGGUGGUAACGAACGUAUUGGUGCAGGGGCUGCGGAGGUUGCCCUGAAGUUUGAGCACCGAAAUAGCAAAGGAUGUAGCUAUGGGCCUCCAUAUGAGUGGCAAGUUUACAACACACUUGGUGGCAGUCAUGGUGUGCCAAGAGUACAUUAUAAAGGCAAACAGGGUGACUACUACAUAAUGGUUAUGGACAUGCUGGGUCCUAGCUUAUGGGAUGUAUGGAAUUCAUCUGGACAAUCGAUGUCUGCAGAAAUGGUGGCCUGUAUUGCUGUAGAGUCUUUGUCAAUCUUAGAGAAAAUGCAUGCAAAAGGUUAUGUGCAUGGAGAUGUAAAGCCGGAAAAUUUCCUACUUGGUCAGCCAUCAACACCCCAAGAGAAGAAGUUAUUCCUUGUUGACUUGGGAUUAGCAACUAAAUGGAAAGAUAAUUCAAGGGGACAGCAUGUUGACUAUGAUCAACGUCCUGACACAUUUAGAGGGACUGUACGGUAUGCAAGUGUACAUGCUCACCUGGGUAGAACUGCUAGUAGAAGGGAUGAUCUAGAGUCGUUAGCAUAUACCCUUAUUUUUCUUCAUCGAGGCAGGUUGCCAUGGCAAGGGUAUCAGGGAGACAAUAAGUCCUUUCUGGUCUGCAAGAAAAAGAUGGCAACCUCUCCUGAGAUGCUUUGCUGCUUCUGCCCUGCACCUCUUAAAGAGUUUCUUGAUUUAGUGAUAAACAUGAAAUUUGAUGAAGAACCGAAGUAUUCAAAGUUGAUAUCUCUAUUUUCGGGAUUGCUUGGACCUGAUCCUGCUAUAAGGCCAUUAAACACGGAUGGUGCUCAGAAGGUUAUUCAAGUUGGUCAAAAGAGAGCGAGACUGAAUCUUGACGAUGAUGAAGACCAGCCUAGGAAGAAAGUUCGAAUUGGAGUUCCUGCAACCCAGUGGAUUUCAAUUUACAAUGCAAGGGUGCCCAUGAAACAGAGGUACCAUUAUAAUGUAGCCGAAGCAAGAUUGUCGCAACAUGUAGAGAAAGGGCAUGAAGAUGGAUUAUAUAUCAGUUGUGUGGCUUCCUGUUCAAACUUAUGGGCAAUUAUCAUGGAUGCUGGAACUAACUUCUCAAGCCAAGUUUAUGAGCUAUCUCCAUCAUUCUUACACAAGGAAUGGAUUAUGGAACAGUGGGAGAAGAACUAUUAUAUAAGUUCCCUUGCUGGUGCUAAUAAUGGAAGCUCUCUUGUAGUGAUGUCAAAAGGCACUCAGUAUACUCAACAGUCAUACAAAGUGAGUGACUUCUUUCCAUUCAAGUGGAUAAGCAAGAAGUGGAAAGAAGGAUUUCAUGUGACCUCCAUGGCAACUGCCGGUAGCAAGUGGGCUGUUGUAAUGUCUCGCAAUUCAGGUUUUAGUGAGCAGGUAGUAGAGCUUGAUUUCCUCUAUCCCAGUGAAGGCAUCCAUAAGAGGUGGGAUCGUGGUUUCCGGAUUACAUCAACAGCUGCUACUUGGGACCAGGCUGCUCUUAUCUUGAGUGUGCCUAAACGCAGACCUGGCGAUGAGACUCAAGAAACUCUGCGUACAUCUCAGUUUCCAAGUACACACGUCAAGGAAAAAUGGGCAAAGAAUCUGUAUCUUGCUUGUGUGUGCUAUGGACGAACAGUAUGCUGAACAGCAGAAUCUGACAUCUCUGAAAGAGACCUGGUUUUGUGAUUCUCUAUUUUUAUGGGUUUGUAUUGUCAAUUGUAAAGAAUGGUAGGAUGAGAUGUCUGUAGAAUGGUAAUCUGAAAUAUUUAUAAUGGAGAUUGUGUGUAGCUCAUAUGUACAGCUGUGUUUUGAGGGAUGUAUUGCGGUAAUAGUCUGUGUAACAGAGAUGUUAGCUCUCAUUCUUGAGAGAAAUCCAAACAAUUAUCUUCUUUUCGAAAGGUCAAUAUCUUUUAUGUGCUGCAAAA